GCUUACUCCACCUCCUCUGCAAAAGAUCCAUCAACUUCAAUUCCACAAAAGUGCGGAUUUACAAGCCAAAAUAGUUAUCCUGUCUGAACUUCAACCUCCUCGGGAACCUGAAAGUGCCUCAUCCAUCCAGACAAAAAUAUUAUUUGCAAAAUAUCUCAAUGUGUCUAAUCACUUCAGUGUUUCUCUUCUCUUGAAAACUUGCAAGUCAAUGCAAACUUAUUGGAUGUAACCCUUUGACGGUAUAGGGAGAGGGAGAGAGCAGUGCUAUAUUCCAUCUGGCUUUUUUUUUGUACAGCCGACUGUUCUCUAGUUUCCCUCUUGUUUGAGUCUAACGGGACGGCGCAGUGUGUGCACGGAAUCUCUCUCUCUCACACACACACACACACAAACUCACCUGAAAAGAUUCAGACAAUUCCUGUCCUCUCGGUCAGACAGAACUCCACUAUUCAGCAGGGCAGCUCUGCAAACCAACAGGCUUUCAGAUUUCCAACAUGGACUUCUAAGAAAAGGACAAGCUGGAACCUGGUGCUUCUCCCAGGCCAUUGUUUGCACGGUUAAGCAGCCAUCCUUUUCCUUGAUGGAUCACUCACCACUGAAAAAAUGGCGACAUUUUGACAUUUCCUGAGAGGGCAACGGGUAGACUUGGUACCGCCUCUGCGCUUUGAAGUGGACAACAUCGUCCAUCCUUCCGCGACACACCUUAUAGAAAUUCAAGCACUUCUUUGCGGCAGGGCGGCGAAGAUGCGGGAGGUUUUGUGCAAUAUGGUUAAUGCAGUGACCAUCUCAUUGGUUCUGAUUCUGUCUCUGGGAUAUCCGUGCCUAUCCAGCUUCUGUCCUAUUUCCUGUACCUGCUAUUUCUUAACUGAAGUCCACUGCACAUUUCGGUCACUAAAAGCAGUGCCACCCAGGUUACCGAAGAAAGUGGAAAGAAUCAAUUUAGGCUUUAACAAUAUCCAAUCUGUGAGCAACACUUCGUUUCGUGAGCUGGAAAAGUUGCAGCUUCUGAUGUUGCAUGGGAAUGACAUCCAGAGGUUUAAUGAUGGAACUUUUAAACAUUUGCACUCAUUGCAGGUACUUAAAAUAAGCUACAAUAAACUGAGUUCCAUAAAAGGCCAGACAUUUCAGGGACUGGUGAAUUUAGUACGCUUGCACUUAGAUCACAAUAAGAUUGAGUUCAUUCAACCUGGUGCUUUCCACGGACUGACCUCUCUGAAGCUCAUCCAUCUCGAAGCCAACCUGUUGAGGCAAAUCCAUCCGCGCACCUUUGUCACCUUCUCGUUUCUACAACAUUUUACAUUUUCAACAAUAAAGCACCUCUACCUCUCUGAAAAUCUCAUUCCAACACUACCCAAGGACAUAUUCCAUUCAAUGUCCGAACUGGAAAGCGUCUACCUCCAUGGGAAUCCGUGGUCAUGUGACUGCAGGUUAAGAUGGCUCCUGGAUUGGCAGAAAGUGGCUAGAGGUGUUAUGAAAUGUAAAAAGGACAGAACGUAUCCAGGAGGCCGAAUGUGCUCACUGUGCUCCGAACCCAAGCAAUUCAGCAGAAAAGAGCUUUUCAAUUUGAAUCCUAAUGCCCUCACUUGUAAGAAGCCUACAAUCAUAUCCCCGUUGAAGAAGAACAACAACACUGAAUGGGACGAUGAAGGUGAAGAUGUAUCACAUCAAAACUAUCAAAAUCCAUUUGGCAGCAUGACUUUGAACUUAACGGACCAGCAAGGAAACCACAACCACUUGGUCUGUCAAUCCAACAGGAUGAGGAAUGGCACGAAGAUUCAGUGGCAGCGUCUAAAUCAGCAGCAAGUCGCCAUUAAUAUGACCCUUUCAGCAACCCUGAUGUGCUAUAUGGACCAACAAAGGAUGGAAAGGCUGUGGAAACUUAUUGCCUAUUACAGUGAAACACCUGCAAAAUUAGAAAGAGAUUUAAUGUUGUCCAAGGAACCCAACUCGAGCUAUCGAUAUAAGCAAGUCAUUGAUGACCAAGCUUACUAUUACACUGGUGUUAGAGCAGAUAUUAUGACGAAGCCCUCAUGGUUAAUGCAAGAGCACAUCAAUAUCCAACUUGACAGAAGGCAAACAACUACAGACCAUGUUAUCCUUCUGUUCUCAAUGCACUUGUCUCAAAGCUUUCAAAUCAAUGACAGCCCAAAGAGAGAGAAUAGCUGGGUAUUAAUCAAAGACGAUGGUGGGAUGAAGAGGCAGCAUGUUUUAGUUACUGGGACUAUGCUGCAGUUAAACUGUCCAAUCACUGCCUCAGGGAGUCCAUCUAUAAAAUGGACAUUUCCAAAUGGUACCCAAAGGGAAGCCUCAUACACCAGUGAAGACAACCGUGUUUCUGUUUCAAAAGCUGGCACGUUAACAGUGAAGGCAGUAGGGUAUGGUGAUUCAGGUUUAUAUCAAUGUAUUGCAUCAGUAAAAGACGAUAUGGAUACAAUGACCUACCGAGUUGUCGUGCAACCCACAAGAGUACAUCCAAGCCAAGUUGAAGAAAAUGGCAUCACCGUACAUUCGGGGGAUACCAUCUCUCUGCCCUGCAGUGCCACUGCAGUACCAAAUGCCCAACUGAGUUGGAUCCUGCCAAAUAACAAUGUCCUCGGUGCCUUAGCAAACACUACAAGUGGAUCUGUAACGGAAAAUGGAACUCUAGUCAUCCAAACUAGCCAUGUUAGUAAUAGCGGCCACUACAGGUGUCUCGCCGUCAACAUGUAUGGAGUUGAUUCACUGACUGUUAAUGUGGCAGUCAUUAAAAAGUUGCAUGGCCAAACCAUUAGAAAGGGGAAGAAAGACAAUAGAAUGUCAUUUCUCAAUCUCUUUUUCAGGAAUGGUGGUUCAAAGGCUGAGGAACAGGAUGGUUCAGGUAGAGACACAGCGUAUGAAAGUCAGAAACAGGUAACCUACAACAAAUACACUGGCAGAAUUCUGACUGGACGUAAACAACUCCAUGCUGAUGAGACGCAUGACCGUUCCAGAGCCGAAUCCAGCCGGAGCAUCAAACUAAGGCAGGGCUCACAGCGGGGGAGAGGGAAGCCAACCUUCGAGGGCAGGAGGCGGUGGGAUUCACGCAGGAGGGUCAGUAUGUCCAAUAAGAAGAUCGACCCGCUAAAGUGGGCAGACAUCCUGGCAAAAGUGAGGGCAAAGACUGCUCCUAAAGUAACGGAAAAGCCUUUGCUCCGAAUCGACAAAUCGACCACCAUCUCGCCAGCUGCAAAAGAAACCAAAAGAAAUCCCUUGGCAGUGAAUCACCAGGGAAAUUUCGAACAAGUCUCAGAAGAGGAGUCAGGUCUUGAGGAAUCAUCAGGAAACAGUGAAAUGAAUUUUUCGGAGGACCAGUUGAUACAAGUGAGCUCGCGUCAGAGUGCAAUAGCAAAAGACCACAUUUUGUCAGAGAACACCACCCUGAACGAAAUGUUCAUUCGUAGACAGGAGGAAAAUCUUGCACCGAGAGGUGGUACUGACUCGCCGAGAAACCAAACAUUUAAUGCAACUGGUCAUGUUCUGGAAAGCACCACUGAGUCUGACACUGUAGCCAAGUUUCUUUCAAAGCCGGGGAAUGAGUCAGACAUUUGGGAAAUGUUGAUAACCACAACAGCAGCUUUGGAGCAGGGCAGUAUUCAGUCAACAGCGGUAGUGAUUGGGAUGCAGCCAAAACAGGAGUAUCCAGAAGAUGAUGAUGUAUCUGUCAUAGAAAGCAACACUCAGGCUCCAGAAACACAUACACUCGAGGGGUUAGCAGUACCUUGGAUCACUGAAGCAGUUACAGAUCCAGCAAAGAGACUUGCUGGGAAGGACUCCUUAAUGGCUAUUGCAGAUAUAAACUCAAACAGCGAUAAUGCCAGCAUGUUUCACAUCAGAGACGUGACCUUAACAAGUCAAACAGUUACCACUUUAACCACCACCAAAGCAACUUCAAUGAUCACCAGAGCCUUCACCUCUGCCACAAAUGCUGGAACUACUGCCAAAUUGGCCCCCACUGUAAAAGUAAUGACCAUGACAACCACCGUCCCUAAUACCACAACCAAACUAGCCACUGCUACCAUUCCUCCCACCACUACAGCCAAAGCAACUACCGGGAAAACCAAGGUGCCCAUUACCAUAGCAAAGCCAACUGCCACCGUGAAUGCCAAUGCAAGGGCCAGUCAAAGCAAAAACACCUCUACCACUUCUCAAAACUAUCCAAAGCGAAGAUUGCCUGGCAGAAGGAGAUAUCGGCCUAACAGGUACAGGCAAAGACAACAUUUAUACCCAAUAACCAGGGCCAAAGAAACAAAAUCUACUCACGUAAAUAUGACAUUAAGCACUUGGCCAAGUGGGAAAGCCAUUCCAAGAGAAAUGAAUCAUUCCGAAAAUAGCCAUAUGAAAGUCAACUCUAGGUUAGAGAAGGAUCCAGAUUCAAAGUUAGCUUAUGGCAAAUUCAAUUUGCCUGCUUUAGAACAACUCACAACAAGGGAACCAGCACUAAAAUCAGUGAAUCUCUUAACCAUUGUCAAAUCCCCACAUCAAACUAACCCUUCAGGAGCACCCAUCACUCCGGAGCCAAAUCAACCAAAAUCAUUAACAUCAACAACACAGACAAUACUUGAUACUACAAAAACCACUUCCUCAAAACCCCCUGAGAUGGACCCAACCAUUCUUGAAUCUUUAGCCAACCCCACAAAACCGUUGCAUCUUCAAAGGGAUUAUUGGUUGCACAAUGCUACAAAACUUGACACUACAACCAUAUCACCUCUGAUACCCAAUACAUUUGGAAAACCUCCCGACCCUGCUUCUCAAUUCAAUGCUGUGGCAUCAAGUAAUAAACCUGUAUCAACCACAACAGCCUUAGCUUCUGUUGUUCCAGUUGGAUCUGGGAAGUUAAAUGGAGUCCAUGACAGCACAAAAUCAUCAGAUGUCAUCUUAAAUCCAAUAGUCCCGACGGCAGUCCUUCCAAUUUCUACAACAGUUACUUUGACAUCAAAACCUACAACGGAUUACCUUGGAGUGUUAACCACGAUCACUACUAAUGCACAGGGAUCCAGGAAAACUCCAAAGUCAAACACUGAGCUGAAAGUACCAACCGACACAUUUUUAGAAACUGAGACUAAACUACCAGUGGUUGAAAUGUCUCAGAAAAUUCCCACAUUUCAAAAACCUGUAAGUGACUUUACACCAAAUCUAUCUUCUUCACCUGACACUAGAAACCCUUCACAAUUUUAUGACUUAAAUGUUCCCAUGUACAGAAAAGCAACAGUUAAUGUUGUGCCAGAAGCCCGACCGACCAUUAUAAAAUUAAGAUCGGAUCCUCCUUUGCCUUCUCAAGUCUCAGUUAAAGUGCACAAUGAAAUUCUGCCUCCAACUAUUUCUUCACGAGGUUUCUUGCCCACUCAGAAAACUGCUGGGAUGGGAGAAAUUCAACUGGAAAUCAACAGAACAGAUGAAAGUAAUAAUAAACCAGAUGGAGACCCUUUAAGACAACGUGCAGGAACUACACAGGGCAAGCAACAACUUAAAAUGACAUACACACAAGGAUCAAACAAUUUAACUUGGAUUUCAAGGCAUAAGUGGAAGCCAGAUUCAAAUCCCAGCUUAAUUUCCAUUCCAAAACAAGACUCUAGGCUUAAAUCUCCCAAUGAUAUCUUCGCAGGAGUAACACCAAAGCUACUGACACCCGCAGCAAGGGCUAGGUCCCAUAACUUGACAAACGGAGAAUGGUCAGGAGUUACUGGUGAUCCUGGGUUGACAACAUUCCCAGCUAGAACAGUGGAAAAUGUAACAAAACCUGAUGAACCUUUCAUCCAGUCAGCAUCAAGAACCCCUUUCCAAACUAGUUCUAGGAUGAUUAUCAAGCCAAUGGAGAGGAUAGGUACUGAUUCAGACAACAAAUCAAAAACAGCAUUAGGACAUCCCAUCGUUCAAACACCUACCACAAAUCAAGGUUACCAAUGGCGUCAUCGUGUAGAGAUUCCAAUUCAAUUUACUAAAGAGAAACCGACAGAAUCUAUACCCAAUAGAAAGACGUCCAUGAGAACACCUACAACUACACCCAACACAACUAGCAUUGCUGAAAGGUUGAGAAACACCUCAUGGAGCAAAUGGCUCCAUCACGCCCCAGUCCUUUCAAAGUUCGAUGGGAACUCGUCCAUUGCUGGACAACCAUCUCCCAAUUUCAGGAUAAUAAAGCGGAAGCCGAAAAUAAUACCAAGGCACCCUAUAACAGUUUCAGUGAAAGCAGAGAUGGAUGCUUAUCUUCCUUGUGAUGCAGUUGGGGAGCCCAAGCCUUUUAUAUUUUGGACAAAAGUGUCAACAGGAGCUGUGAUGAUGACAAGCAGCAGAACACUGCGAUUUGAAGUUUUUGACAAUGGGACACUGGGAAUUCGCAACGUCCAAGUGCAGGACCGCGGGCAGUACUUGUGCACAGUGCAAAACCUGCAUGGCACAGAUAAGAUGGUGACCACAUUGAUCGUGCUGGCCCAGCCUCCGAGGAUAGAUGGAUCCCGCUACAAAGACACCACCGUCUACCUGGGACAACCGUUCCUGGCGGAGUGCAGAGCUGAGGGGAUACCUGUUCCCCAGGUUUCCUGGCUGCUGCCCAGCAGAAAGCUCCUGCAGACCCCCGGCGUUGGCGUUGGCAGAGGAGGAGGCAGCUUGACGCUAUCACAGAACGGGACCCUGUCCAUCAGGGAGACCGCGUUCUCAGACCGCGGGAUCUACAAGUGCAUCGCCAGCAACGCCGUGGGAGCAGACACCGUGACGGUGAGGCUCCACGUGGCAGCACUGCCACCCAUGAUUCAGCAAGAAAAGUCUGAAAGCCUGACUGUCGCUCCAGGCCAGGGCAUCCACGUUCACUGCACUGCCAAAGCUGCACCCCCAGCAAAUAUCCGCUGGAUCCUUUUCGAUAGGACACAGAUCCGGCCUUCCCAAUUUAUCAACGGCAACCUGUUCGUUUUCCCAAAUGGGACACUUUACAUACGUAGCCUGUCAGAGCGUGACGUGGGAAAUUACGAAUGCGUGGCGACCAAUAUAGUUGGUGUUGCCAGGAGGACAGUCAGCAUAAACAUUCAAAAGCGCUCAGCAACCGCCAAGAUUACUGUAUCCUCUCCUCAAAGAGUCGACAUUAGCUAUGGAAGCACUCUACACCUGGACUGUGUUGCUGCAGGAGAUCCAGGUCCAAGAAUACUCUGGAGAUUGCCAUCAAGAUUGCUAGUGGAUUCACGCUACAGUUAUAGCAAGAGAAUCAAAGUAUAUGACAAUGGCACCCUGGUCGUUCAAUCAGUUACAGACAAAGACGCUGGAGAUUACCUUUGUGUAGCCAGGAACAAGAUGGGAGAUGACUUCAUGGUGCUUAAGGUGAAUGUGAUGAUGAAGCCAGCAAAGAUUGAGUACAAGCAGGAUGUCAAGCAGAAGGUUAUGUAUGGUAAAGAUCUCAAGGUUGACUGCAUCGCAUCAGGAUUACCAGAUCCAGAGAUCUCCUGGAGCCUCCCAGAUGGUACCAUGGUCAACAGUGUCAUGCAGUCCGAUGACAGUGGGACAAGAACCCGCAGAUACAUAGUUUUCGAUAACGGCACCCUGUACUUCAAUGAGGUUGGGUUGAGAGAUGAAGGUGACUACACUUGCUAUGCGGUAAACCAGAUUGGUAAAGAUGAGAUGAAGGUCAACGUAAAGGUAGUAGCAGAGCCACCAAGCUUCCAGAGUGGCGCGCCCUCCCUUGUUCAGGUGGCGUACGGUGAGUCCUUCACAAUAAAAUGUGGAGCUAAGGGAGAGCCAACUCCCUGGAUCAGCUGGUACUCUCCAACCAACAGAUUCAUCCUGUCUUCCACAAAGUACCAAGUCACAACCGAUGGUACUCUGCACAUACACAAGGUGCAGAGAUCAGACAGCGGAAACUACACGUGCAUCGCUAGAAAUACAGCAGGAGAGAGUAGAAGAAUCGUCACUGUGCAGGUAAACAUCGAAGCACCCAGCAUUAAUGGACAGAAGGGCACGAAUACAGUGAUCAAGGUAAAAGCAAUGAGGGAAACCCGCAAGCAAAUAGACUGUAAGGCAGAAGGGGUGCCUCCUCCACGGGUCAUGUGGGUGUUGUCAGAAAAUGUGGUUGUAACAGCCCCAUAUUAUGGAAGUAGAAUUCAGGUGCAUCACAAUGGAACACUUGACAUCCAGAGCUUGAAGAGGUCAGAUGCAGAAAAGUUAGUGUGCAUUGCUCAUAACGAAGGAGGAGAAGCCAGGCUGACUGUGCAUCUCGAAGUAGUGAACACCCUGGAGAAGCCUUCAUUCACCAACCCACUUAGUGCUGGGGUUGCCAUCGUGAUCGGCAACAGUGUAAACCUGAACUGCUCUUCCAGGGGGAUUCCAACUCCGGAAACAACCUGGAUCCUACCGGAUGGGAACAGGCUCCUGAGCGGUCAGCGAUUGCGAAAGAUGUACCAUGGUAGGGAUGGCACCUUACACAUCAGUAGUCCAUCUGCCGCAGAGGCUGGAGCUUACCGCUGCAUUGCCAGGAACACGGUGGGCUCCGUUGAGAGGUUGGUGACUUUGGAGAUUGGCCAUAAACCCGAAAUACGCAAUCGGUACACGAGUUUGGUCCAAAUCCUGCCGGGAGAAAGGAUGAGGCUGGAUUGCAUGGUAGGGGGAAAUCCGCAACCUGAGUUAUCAUGGGUUUUGCCCAGUGGAGUGGUCCUGAACAGACCUCAAGAUGUAGGCCGCUUCUCCGUCUUGCAGAACGGCUCACUCAUUGUUAAUGAUGCCUCUGUGUACGACAGAGGGACUUACUCUUGCAAAGCCAUGAGCGACCUGGGCCUUAGCUUCAUGAGUGUCUCAGUGAUUGUGAUAGCCUACCCUCCCCGCAUUACCAACGGGCCGAGUCCCGUGACGUAUGUGAGACACGGUGUCUCGGUUCAGUUGAACUGCAGGGCCAUGGGGAUCCCGAGAGCGGAAAUAAGCUGGGAACUUCCAGACAAGACCCGGGUCACGGUCAUAAAUCAGGCUCGCUUGAUUGGAAACAAAUACCUUGACCCUCAAGGGUUGCUAAUUUUACAGAAUCCGAGCAACAGAGACACUGGCUUUUAUAAAUGCACUGCUAAAAACCUGCUGGGCAGCGACUCGAAGAUGACCUACGUCCACGUUUUUUAAGUGAGUGUUUCUUUUAAGACUGUUUCCUCCCCUCCCCCCCUCCCCCCUCCCCCUUAGUCAAUGGCCUUCAAUGGACAGUGCCAGUUCAGACCACCUUGCUGAGCUUUAUGAAAAGGUGGCACAAAAUAUUGCUUCGACGUGCUCUCAAAUGUUUUGCCUCACGUUUCUCUUCCAAGUUUGGCAGUACGGAUUUCUGCUGACUUGUGCUGUUUAAAAAAAAAGAUGACCAAUUUUAAAUUUGUGCUGGGUGGAUAUAAACACUGAUAUUUUCAAACUAGUUCCAUUCAGAAGGAGAAGGGCAGCAGAUACAUGGGAACACCGCCACUUGCAAGUUCCCCUCCAAGCUGCUCACCACCCUGACUUGGAAGUAUAUCACCGUUCCUUCAGUGUCGCUGGGUCAAAAUCCUGGAAUUCCCUCCCUAACUGUAUUGUGGGUCUACCUACAGCACAAGGACUGCUGUGGUUCGCCACUGUCUUCUGAGUGGCAACUAGGGACGGGCAGUAAAUGCUGACCAGUUGUCCACGUAUGUACAAAUGAAAAGGAGUUGAUUGUUACCUCAGUCUUCAGUUGGAGGUUAUGGAAAAUAUCCAGCACGCCACGAGUCAGUACGAGGGAUUUUCUAAAUACAAAUGUCAUUUGUCUCUAAUUGCCAUUGUUUGCAGGAAAAGAGAAAUUUUGGCUUUGUUUAAUGAAAAACUGUCUCGGCAAUCAUUCCCAUUGAGUUUGAGCUUGUUGGUAAUGAACUCUGUCCUGAAUCAUAGAUCAUUGUGGGUAAAGUAACAUUGGUGUCAAUGGUGCUCUUGUAAUUAACAACAAGCUGUGACUGUGGAAAAUGGGACUUGAAGCUUUUCUAUAUUAAUGUGACAUGAAGUCAAUAAAUUUUAGAAGUCAGGUAGUGACAUGAAGUCAAUAAAUUUUAGAAGUCAAGCGAUGCAUUUUAUACAGUUGUUAGUGCUAAUUAUUUUAAUAACCAAAUUUGAUUUUACUAAGUACUUUGCACCACAAGCGGCAGUGGUUAUCAAAUGGAAGACUCUCCCUUUCAAAUAGCUUCAUGACAUGAUACGGAGGUCAUUUGGCCCAUCAUGCUUGCGCUAGCUCUUUGAAAAGGCUAAUCCAAUUAGUCUCACCCAGCUGCUCUAUUGCCAGCAUCCUGUGAUUCCUUUUCUCUCAAGUAUUUAUCCAAUUCUCUUUUGAAAGAGACGAUUGAAACUGUUUCCACUGCCCUUUCAACCAGCAUACGACAGCUCGAUGCAUGAAUACACUUGCCGUCCUCUCUGGUCUUUGGCCUAUUAACCUAAAUUUGUGUCUCUGGUCACCAAAUCUCCCGCCAAUGGAAACAGCUUCACUGUCUUUGUCCAACCAAAACUCUUCAUUUUCAACAUCUAUCGAUCUCCUCAUAGUCUUGUCUGCUCUUAAGGAUAAGCUUCUGUAGCCUCUCUACAUAAUAGAAGUCCAUCAUUCUUUGUACAAACUUGAGUAAAUCUUUCUGCGUUACGUUUCCAAGGAUUUGGCAUACAGUGCGGGGCCCAGAAUUGGAUACAAUACUCCAGCCAAAGCUGAACCAGUGAUUCAAAAGAUUUCACAUCAUUUCUGGACUUAAUUGUACAUAAAUAAUAAAUAUUUUUAGUAAGUUACUGUGAGAAUUAUCAGUGCCAUUACACAACCAUGUAAAUAAAAAUGUCUGUCUUUUAAACAUAAGUAGCUUGUAAGUUUUAUGUAAAUCUUAGGAUGUUAUUAAAAGUAGGGAUGUCGACUUACAUUCUCUGCUCAGUGAUCCACAUUGGUUUAUGUGCAACUCUGGUAUUGUGCUAUCCUGACCACAAUGACCCAGCUCUGUGACAAAUUAAGCUGAACAGUGUGACAGAAGGAAUGCCACAAUUGGCCACAUUCUCCAUACAGCCGUAGAAUACAGGACUGCCGUGGUUAUGCUUUGUGACUACUACCCAACAUCUGGACAAUAAUCCAGAGAAUGUAUGCUCGGAUCAAAAUGAGUUUGAGAAUUUGAAUUAUAUUUUACAAAACAUGUUACUGACAGAGAGAACCACUCUCGGUAAAAGUGAUCCAUAAUGUGGUCCAAUGUUUGGUAAAUAAAACCCAACUUGCUCAUUAAUACAGGGAAAGAAAAUUGUUGCCCUUACCUGGUGUGGUCUACAGGGAUUGUAGUCUCACACACCAAUGGGACUGACCCUUUAAGCAAUCUCAAGAACCAUUUCAGAUUUAUCAAAGAAUAUCCAGUGUGCACAAUACGAAGGAAGGUAACUACCAGUGAUGCCUCUAGUCUGAGAAUGAUAUUGUGAAAAGACUAAGUGUUGGGAAAGCAGUUUGUUCUAGAAUGUUGCUCAGGAUGGUAAUUCCUGUCAUCUCUGCUCUUUUUUAUGGCAUAGAUGGUCAUUAAUGUCAGAACGGCCAAAUUUAUCCCAAUAUUCCACUUUUUGAUCAGGAUGGAAGACGUGUGCUCAAACCUAUCAUUAAUCCUUCCAUUCUCAAUUGUCACCACUCCAAGUUCUGCCAUCAGAAAGCACAACAAUUUCAAAUAUCCAUCAAAUUUCUGAGAAGCAGCAAGCCAAGCACUCCGCACCCAGACACGUUGUACAUGCCCAUGACUCAUGUCAGACACAAGCACAUCCAUUGUGCAGGUGUCAAUUAACUCAGUUGGCGGGAUGGUGUGAUGCCCUCCGUGCAUUCUGGCUCUGGCCAAGGUCACCAUGAAUGCCCUGCUAUCCCAACUUGCCCCUCACCUGAGGCAGGUAGAUCAACAGGUUAAACCUACCGACAGUCGUCCCUCUUCAAUGAGACAUCAGGCCUUGGUGACUGACAUGACUUUUCCCCAUACACUGCACGUGAGAAUAAAGGAUAGGAGUAGGCCAUUUCACUCUGUUUUGCCAUUUAUCGAGAUCAUGGCUGAUCUGUGACCAGUCCAAUUAUUUACCCUUAAUAUCCCUUAAUAUCUUGAAGUUAACAGAAAACUGUCAAUCUCAGAUUUAAAAUGAGUAACUGACUAUGCAUAAAUUGUCAUUUGCAUAUGUAACUAACCUGUAAAUUCAUCGCUGAAAGGGUAUGACUAACUUUGAGAUUUUGUUGCUCAAACAUGCUGAAAAUCUGAAUCAGAAACAGGAAUUGCUGGAGAAACUCAGCAGGUCUGGCAGCUUCUUUGGAGAGAAGACAAAGUUAACAUUUCAAGUCCAGUGACCCUUCUCCAGAACAAGAUCUGAUGAAGGGUCCCCAGACCCAAAGCCUUAACUCCAUCCCUCUCUCCACAGAUGCUGCCACACCUUUACCUUAAUUCUAUAUUUUCUGUUUUCGCUCCAGCAAUUCCUGUUUUUGUUGAAGCAGAAUUAGUUUCUCGCUAUCCACCUUAUCUGCUCCCUGUAAUAUCAUGAAAACUGCAACAUAUACCAUCACCAGGCUCAGAUGGUGAAAAGGAAUAGAGAGCAAGUUGCCUUCUCCUACUAUUUGUCUUCAACCUUUCAGUUGAUCAAAAAGAUGAGCAGGUUAGGUGAACUGGCCGUGCUAAAUUGCCCAUAGUGAUAGGUGCAUUAGUCAGGGGUAAAUGUAGGGGAAUGAGUCUGGGUGGGUUGUUCUUCGAAGGGUCGGUGUGGACUUGUUGGGCUGAAGGGCCUGUUUCCACACUAUAGGGAAUCUAAUCUAAUCUAAUCUGAAGUAUUAAAUCUUUAUUAAUGUAUAUGUGACUCAGAGCUAACUAAUGCAAGGGAAAUCCAUAGGUUGGAGAUUGUGUUGUGUUAUUCCAAGCAUUUUAAAUUUACUGAAUGAUUUUACACAUCAAGUAGGAAGAUAUAGAUGAUAAGCAGACUUCCACAAAAUGAAGAAUUUCAAGUGAAUCUUAGAACCCUGACAAUGCAGAUCGAGUCCAUCAACCCUCCGAAGAGCAUCCCACCCUACUCCACAUUUCAUAAAAUCCCUAGUGUGGAAGCAGGCCAUUCAGCCCAUCAAGGCUGCAAAUGUGUUGCUGGUCAAAGCACAGCAGGUUAGGCAGCAUC